AUGGAACUUGAGGCUGAGAUUGAUCGGUUACCUAUUGACUUAUUGGCUAAUAUUUUUGUUCUCUUCACUUCCUUCACUGAUUUGGCCCAGGCUGGCAAGGUUUGCAAGAAAUGGAAACAAGGGGUGAAGGAAUCUCUUGCAAGGAAACAGAAUCUUAGCUUUUCUGGUUGGAAGAUGGAUGAUGAUUCCACCUCUAGACUUGUUUCUCAUGCCUACAACCUUAGAAAACUUGAUAUACCGAGAAGCCGGUGGAGUUGUCAAAUAACGGAUGCCGGACUUAUCAGAAUAUCGUAUGCGAAGUGUAUCGGAAAUCUCACAUCCAUUUCAUUGUGGGGUUUGACUGGUAUCUCAGAUGAAGGAGUUGUUCAACUGAUAUCCAAAACUCGAUCUUUAAGGUAUCUGAAUGUCGGUGGUACAUUUAUCACAGACGAAUCUCUAUUUGCCAUUGCAAAAAGUUGUCCAAAAAUGGAGACCAUUGUUCUGUGGAGCUGCCGUCAUGUAACUAAAAACGGACUUAUCGCCCUAGUUGAUCAAUGUCUCAAGCUCAAAUCAAUGAAUGUAUGGGGAACAAGAAUUCCUGUGGAAUGUCUUAACAAUUUGCUUAUCAUGAGUCCAACUCUUCAAAUUAAAAUCUAA